CCGUCCGUGGCAGGCGUCACCGUGGCCCCUCACACAGCGUGUUCAAGACUCAAGAGCAAGCCGCCAACCUGCGUCUUGGAAUACCGUAAUGAUGCAGUGGCCCUAAAAGGGAUGCUGAAGGUGCUUCAACUUCAAGCGGAGAUCUAGGGACAACUGUUUGCAAAGGGAGCCAGUACAUCGGUGCGCUCUUGAUAAAUUGCCCUGUUAGGUGCACAUGCAAAGUUGCAGCCUUCGAGGGCACCACUUCUUUUUGGCCACAGUUCUGGCGAGGAAUGGCAAGUCCAAGCUCGAAGCCGUUGUGGUGGAAAGGGAUGUUGCAUCAAGUAAAGCGAGGGCCUUUUACCAUCAGCGCGGAUGUAUCGAACCGGCUCCCCUGGUAUGCCGAUGACUGGAGGGAAGGGCUGAACUGCGGGCUCAGAAUACUUGCUCCCGCAACAUACAUCUUCUUCGCAUCUGCAAUCCCUGCUUUGGCAUUUGGAGAGCAGUUAGAGCGAGCCACGGAUGGAACCCUGUCUGCCGUGCAUACCCUCGCAGCCACCGGCAUCACAGGCGUGCUUCAAGCCGUGUUCGGCGGGCAGCCCCUGCUCAUUGUCGGCGUCUCCGAGCCCAUCACUCUCAUCUACAGCUACAUGUAUUCCUUUUCCAAAAGCAUAGACGCGAUCGGUCCGGGGCUUUUCCUCGCCUGGGCCGGGUGGGCUUGCAUAUGGGCUGCGCUGUUCAUAGCUAUACUGGCGCUGAGCGGCGCCUGCCAGCUUAUCGGCUACUUCACCCGGUUCAGCGGGGAGCUGUUUGGGAUGCUGAUCGCGAUCCUGUUCAUGCAAGAGGCGAUCAAGGGGUGGAUCGAGGAGUUCGGGCGGCAGAAGGGGCCGACCGCGGCAGUUGGUGCUGCCCAGCUGCCCGAGUGGCGCUUGGUAAAUGGGCUGUGGGGCCUCGUCCUGGGCUUCGGCCUGCUGUUCACCUCCAUGGUGCUGCGCACCGCCCGCGGGUGGCGCUUCGGACCCGCCUGGAUCCGGGGCUUCCUGGCGGACUACGGGGUGCCCAUCAUGGUCGCGGUCUGGAGCGCGCUUUCCUUCGCCGUCAAAGGGGCGCCGACGGGCGUUUUGCGCCGUUUGGCCCUGCCCAACACCUGGAACGUCAAAGACACGUGGACUGUGGCCAAGGACUUGGGCAACUUGGACGGGGCGUACGUCGCAGCGGCGAUCAUUCCGGGGUUUAUCAUCGCCGUUCUGUUCUACUUCGACCACAACGUUUCGUCGCAGAUGGCGCAGCAAGAGGACUUCAACCUCAAAAAGCCCGCCGCCUACAACUACGACAUGCUGCUGCUCGCAUUCCUGACCCUGCUCUGCGGCCUCAUCGGGUUGCCCCCCAUUAACGGUGUUCUCCCGCAGGCGCCCAUGCACACUAAAAGUCUUGCUACGCUCAAGCGCCAGAUCAACCGAGCGGCGCUGCGAAAACGAGCCGUCCGCGCCGUCGAUUCGGACGGCCCCUCGGAAACGGACGCCGAGCGCGAGGCGAAGGUGAUGGAGACGCACAUCCCGGUGGAGGUGAAGGAGCAGCGCGUGACGCCCCUUCUGCAGUCCGCACUCGUGCUCGCGUGCCUCGCCAUCACGCCCGCGCUGCGACAGAUCCCCACGAGCGUCUUGUGGGGUUUUUUCGCGUACAUGGCCCUCGAGUCGCUCCCGGGGAGCCAGUUCUGGGACCGGUGCCUGUGGAGUUUCACCAGCCGGCCGCACCGCAUGCGCUUGCUACAAAAGGAGCACCCCCCCUACUUAGAGGUUGUGCCGUUCCGGACCAUAGUCGCCUUCACGCUCUUCCAGGUCGUCUACACUGCGGCGGUGUACGGGAUUACGUGGAUCCCGAUUGCCGGGAUUCUCUUUCCGAUCCCCAUCAUGUUGCUUGUGCCCGCGCGGCGCUUCCUGCUCCCCCGGUUCUUCUCCCCGGGGGACCUCCGCGAGUUGGACGCCGCCCAGUACGAAGAAGCGCCGCCUCUUCCGCCGGAGCUGGUGGAGGAAAGAGUCGAUGGAGGCCGGCAGUCGCUGGACAAGAGCGCGGCGGACGACGACGAGGUGCAGUCUGCCGAGUGGCCGGGCCUGGAGAUCAAGCACCACCUGACGCAGGCCGCCAUGCACGAGCGGGGGCUCCUGCACCGGCAACGGCUGUCCGAAAAUCCGGACCGGGACCUCCGGACGACGCGCUCGUUUUGAGACCCCGCCGGACGGUAUCGGCUUGUUUGAUCGUACGUCAAAGGCAGUUAAGACGCUACGGUUUGUUGAUUGGCACGCGGCAUGCGCAUGAUAGAGUCAAAAGAUAUAGCGGUGUUUUGAAGCGGGGCGGUUUGCAGGACUUUCGUGCAUCGCGCUGAGGCGGGUUCGGUUGCUCCUACGGCUUUUGCUUUGCCGAGAGAGUACGCCCAGAUAUGACGGCAUCCGCAGAAGGCGAAGCUGAGACUUCUAUGAGGCGUGAGGCUGUAUAACAGUGUUGCUCUGCUAACGAACGGUCAUGUCCGAUCUCCUCGGCACGCUAGAGUAGAAAUGCACACAGUCGUAUCGAAUCGACUCGACUCGACUCGACUCGACUCGGGGAGCGUCUUUCUUUUUAGGUCCUAGCAGUAAGCCGAAUGGCAAAAUCUGGGGUAAGGGACACGGACAUUUGUUUCGAUUGGAGGAUAUGAUCAUCUGUGGAUCUGAAACAGGAUAGAUUCAUGUGCAUGCCUACAAUGGCAGGGUGUAUUUCUAUCACAGUAUAUCUUGCAAUUGUCUGCAUUUGGAACCGG